GUGUCGUAAUUAGAAAGAAAGGGAGCAAAAGGGACGAGAGACGCGGGAUGAGAAGUAAAUUCGCGAAGGGCCGCGGCUAUCUGGUGGGAAAUCUAUAUCGGUGGGAGGAUUACUCGUUCGAUUGAAAACGAACGAGAGUGACAGCUACAUUACCGCGAGUGAUCGAGCGAACAAUGCACUUUAUCGCGAAAUUUCCGCGCGUAGGACCGUCCGACGAGUGUUGACGUGUAGAGAGACUGGAAAAGAGACGUUCUGACUGGCGAGUGACGCGAUGGAAGAACAGCUGCCGACGUGUUGCAAGAAAAUCGUCCGAGGGAGACAGUGUUUGAACUAAAAAGGAUCGGGACAUGUUCGCGAGGGAAGGCAGGUGAUGCGGCGGAACAACGGUUGGCUGGCCGUCCUGGCCGUCUCGCUGGUGCUGUCGAUCCUACGGAAUAGUUUAGCUGGCGAACGUUAUCCCCUCGACUAUGAAAACGCCGUCGAGCUGUCGGUUAACCGCAGCAGAAUCAUUUACGAAACUUACAACCCGAACGAACUUACAUCACCGAGCUCGCGUAGCCGCUCAAACCCCCCGACAUCGGGCCCAAUCGCCAAGUCAACAUCAUCGUCAUUCGCUGCGCCACGAUCGGCGCAAUCACGUUUGCACGUCAGCGACAAAAAUGUCGUCCCGUCGAAAGAUCAUUCCGCCAAUCCAACCAACGUGAUAACGAGGCUCGACAAACUGGCCAAGUUGGAGGACGAAGAACAGUCAAACAGCGGUCGAUCGAUCCUCCACGACGACGAUCCUCGCCACGAAUCUCGCGAAUCUGGCGCGCACGUUGUCGAAGGAUCGAGGAGCUUCAACUUGGGUAUUCCGCGACAGUCGCGUUUAUCCUCGUGGAUCCACGUAUCCAGGUGGAUCAGCCGCGCGAAAUCGGCUGCUAAACCGUCCAAAAUCGGCGGACGUGAAAGGUCUGAAACGUUUGAGAAAGCGACACGACGAGGUGACGGGGAACGUUCGUAUAACGGUCACGUCGAUAACGAUUCGCUGGCGAUCCCUGCGCGAAGAAUCGGAGACUACGAAAGAGAGGAACCACCUGCGAGAGACGUUUUUCAAACAGAGAGAUCCUCCAUCGAGGAGAGUGUCUUAAAAACCGCGCCGGAUGGAUCUCUCGAUCUCAAGAGCGUCGAUUCUUCCAGAAGUUCAAAGAAGAUCGUUAAGAAACGGUUUUUGACUGGAUACUCGGUGUUCUCCGUCUCCCUGAACAGGAGGUUCAACAAACUCGAGAGGCUGAACAAACCGGUCGUCGCGAGAAGAUGGAAAGACAGACGUGAUGGUAAAGAGAGGCGCGGACGAUCUGUCGCUCUGUAUUUGAAAGGGCAAACUGUGGAUCGGGAAGGACGGCGUGACUCGUGGCCCACGUUCGAUGAUGGCGACUCGACGAAGGAACGGUCAACGACGACGAGACACGACGAUGUCCAAGAAACCUUCGAUUCGUCGAACGUUACCUUCCACGACGAAGAAUCGAGCUUCGAACCGAUCGAGGGAUCGGAUAACUUCACGGAUCGCUCGACGAACAGUACCAUGAGCGCAGAUCGGACGAACGAAACGAUUCUCGCUGGAACUGAAAAUUACUCACAACCAAAUGUAUCAGAGACAAGCGUCUUGUCGAUGUACGAAAAUGAUUCGGAAGCGAACGGCUCGGUUAUCGACGAUAUCGAGUCAAACAGAGCCGCGGUGAUUAAUUCGCGAUCAAACGCCAACGCUCCGAGUGGUCGGGACGGCGAAUCUGCGUUAACGAGCACGGAUACGAGCAACGAUCUAAUUGACGGAACGGAAUUAGACGCGUCUGGAGAAGAAGGCGCGAUUAAGGAGCGAGGGAACGCGGAAGAGGAAGAAAGGUCAGCGCUAACUAGCGUGACAAAGGAGGAGUCCGGGAGUUUGCUGGCUGCGGCUCGCAGGAAUGCCACGUAUCUAAGACGAAGCGGCAUGAACAGUCUAGCCGUAGCUGGAGGCUUUAUCCCGGACGAGAGCAGUGCCCUCUCGCGACAUCGCGGAAGGAAUGCUAACGAUUCGUUUAGAAACUCGCCGAGAACGGGUCGCGGGGGCGAGGGUGGCAGGAACGUGGAGAAUUUCGACGUGAAUUCACUGGCUGAGCGAUCGUCUGUAAAUAACGAGGAGCAAGCAGGGUCGAGAGUCUCUCCGACAGCCCCAACGAGCGUAUCUAAAAAUGCCGUACUCGAGGAAGAAGUGGUGGUGGCUACGAGUAGCGGACGCGAUGACGAAUCGCUCGCGGAAAGUAACGAGAUCAAUGACGAGGCGACGCCGGUGCAAGACAGCCGAGAACCGAUCGACCAGGUUGAAGCGACCAGUGCAAGAAGAAACGAUCGAGGUACGCUUAAUGUAUCUCCGAGGAUCGAUCUCGAGGAACGGAGUUCGGGACCAACUCGGAGGCCGUUCAACCGAAACGUCGGCGAAAUUAAGACUAAUGAGUCGGACUUCUUCAUGGAGUAUUCGUUGGGAAAAAAUGGCGAACCGUCGAGCGACUCGCCGAACGUCGAGAGUAGGAAAAACACGAUGGUCAAUCUCGAGGAUCGACUAACGAACGAUCGCGACUCGAAGGAACGAAGGUCCAGGUCGUCGAAAGCAUCCACUCCAAGGAUCGAGGAGACAGCGACGUCCGCGCCGAACAAAAGCCUCGUUUCGAUCGAUUUCGCGACGUCGAACGGUUCGUUUCAAUUUCUCUCGAAAGAUCCACUCAUUCCAUCGACUACGAAACAACCGGAUGAUCUUCUCGCUACGAGCGACGCGACACUUUCGUCGACCGAUGACGACCAACUGGAAACCGUGUCCACGAUUUCGUUGAUCAGCGACGAUGAUCAACUGUUGGGCUUCGACGCGACGAUCGUCGUCACGUCGUUGGGGCCCAUCGACGACGAGGAUCUUCACACGACUGCGAGCAACGUGUCUUUACGCGGGACAGACAAUUCAUCGCGCGAGAUGGAACCGCCGGAUCAAUGGCCGGUUAAACACAGCGCGGUGGUUGAAGGUGAUUUAGUGUUGGGUGGUUUGAUGAUGGUGCACGAGAGGGAGGACACCAUCACCUGCGGUCCGGUGAUGUCACAGGGCGGCAUACAAGCGCUCGAGGCCAUGCUGUACACCCUGGACAGACUGAACGAUCUUGAAAUUGUACCAGGUGUCAAGAUCGGCGCCCAUAUUCUCGACGAUUGUGACAAGGACACGUACGGGUUGGAAAUGGCCGUGGAUUUCAUCAAAGGUACGUAUACACACAAUCGAGCUCCUCCGAGGAAGGAGAGGCAAGGAGAGAUCGAUGUGUUCCCGAUGUUGAUUCACGAGACCGCAAACACCAACGUGACAGUCCAAAAGUAA